UCAGCCACCCCUUCCAAGUCGCAAGAGGUUAGGCAUUCGAACCUAGCCAGAUCCCGUCAAUCCUCCAGCUGUGACCCCGCCCACUCCCUACCCAAUUUCGGGAGUGGUCGCCCACGAUUGAACUCUGGACGCAGCGCACGUCUUAACUUCUCUUCACUCUGUCGCACUGUCUUCGGUCAGAGCCCGUAAGUCAACUCCUAGCCAACACUCUCAGUAGAGGCGGAGUCGGCACUACGUAGCGCGUCCUCCGUCAUCCCGUCACGUUAGCAGAGCUGAAAACCUGAGGCGAGCUCCCACGGCCGCAGGGUCUCCAAAGGUGGGACCUUGAGGGUCACCGCUCUAGGCCCUACCCCCAAGCCUACGGAGUCUUGUAGGCCCCGCCCCGUUAUAAAUGAUCUCGCGCAUCGCCUUUUCCGGUCUACUACGGCUCCGCCUUCCUCCUCCCCCAAAUAAGGCUAGAUAUUUCGAGAAGCUGUUGGCUCCGCUUGUUAUUACACUAAGUCCACUUACCCCUGAUUAUUUCCAAAGUUCAGACAAAGCCUCUGGCCUCACUGGCAUUUGACAGUAAACCUAAAACGUAUUCAACUAUCCGAAAUUAGUCCAGGCAUUUGGCCCCACCUACAUCCUGCUAUUCUUUGACACACACCACCCGUCUGAUUCCGACUAUUUCCGAAGUAAGCCGAAGUGUGUGGCCUCGCCCACAUCGUGCUGCGUUUGUGAGCCCGCCUAACAUUAAACAGCGACUUUUGGAACCGAUUAUCUCCGAAUCACGCCGAAGCGUGUGGGCCCGCCUACAUCCGGCCGAGUUUGUGAACGCUUCUAAUUCCGAACCGUGACCCUAAGAACUCGCCUAUCUCCGAAGUAAGCCGAAGUUUAUGGCCCCACCUCCACGCCGUGAGCUUGAAUUACCGAGUGUACCCGAAGGAAUCCGAAGCUGAGGGUCCUCCUCUUUCCGAACGCCACGCUCCAGGUCCCGCCUCCUUCUUAAGUCACAACCCGUUUUCAACGGGACUCGAAGCCUUGGCCCAGCCUCUGACCGAAACCCCGCCCCCCACGUACUGGCAGCUCUUUGCCCUGGGGCCUCCCAGAAAAAACUGGGCAGGCAUCCUUCCGCGCAUUGGUGUUCUGGGUUCUUUUCCCACCGUGCUUGCAUACGUUCUGCAUCCGCUCUCUUGGCCUGGACCGCGCCAGCCCAGCGGGCACCCUCGGAACCGGCAGUGCGGGGGGCGUGCUGAGUUGAGGAGGCGCUGGCCGAGCCAGGGGUGGUCGCGAAAGAGGGAUUUUCUCAUCAGCCUCCUGGUCCACGAACGGUUCAGGGGAUUCUACUAUCAAAAGAGGAAGGACUGGAAUACUAGUUCUCACUGUGAGCCCUUCCUCCCCAGACCAUGACACCCGAAGAAUGGACCUAUCUAGUGGUCCUGCUUACUCCUAUCCCUGUCGGCUUCCUCUUUAAGAAAGCUGGACCUGGGCUGAAGAAAUGGGGGGCAGCAGCUGUGGGCCUGGGGCUCACUUUAUUCACCUGUGGCCCCCACACUUUGCAUUCUCUGAUCACCAUCUUGGGAACCUGGGCCCUCAUUCAGGCCCAGCCUUGCUCCUGUCAUGCCCUGGCUCUUGCCUGGACCUUCUCCUAUCUCCUCUUCUUCCGAGCCCUCAGCCUGCUGGGCCUGCCCUCUCCCACGCCCUUCACCAAUGCCAUCCAGCUGCUGUUGACACUGAAGUUGGUGAGUCUGGCCAGUGAAGUUCAGGACCUGCAUCUGGCUCAGAAAAAGGAAAUAGCUUCUGGCUUCAACAAGGAACCUACUCUGGGCCUCCUGCCCGAGGUCCCCUCUUUGAUGGACACAUUCAGCUAUAGCUACUGCUAUGUGGGAAUCAUGACAGGUCCAUUCUUCCGCUACCGCACCUACCUGGAUUGGCUGGAACAGCCCUUCCCGGGAGCCGUGCCCAGCCUGAGGCCCCUGCUGCGCCGUGCCUGGCCAGCCCCGCUCUUUGGCCUGCUCUUCCUGCUGUCCUCCCAUCUCUUCCCACUGGAAGCUGUGCGUGAGGAUGCCUUCUACGCCCGCCCGCUGCCCACCCGCCUCUUCUACAUGAUCCCGGUCUUCUUCGCCUUCCGCAUGCGCUUCUACGUGGCAUGGAUUGCGGCCGAGUGCGGUUGCAUUGCCGCGGGCUUCGGGGCCUACCCUGUGGCUGCCAAAGCCCGGGCCGGGGGUGGCCCCACCCUCCAAUGCCCAACCCCCAGCAGUCCGGAGAAUGCAGCUUCCCUGGAGUAUGACUAUGAGACCAUCCGUAACAUCGACUGCUAUGGCACAGACUUCUGCGUGCGGGUGCGGGAUGGCAUGCGGUACUGGAACAUGACGGUGCAGUGGUGGCUGGCACAGUACAUCUACAAGAGCGCACCUGUCCGCUCCUAUGUUCUGAGGAGCGCCUGGACCAUGCUGCUGAGCGCUUACUGGCAUGGCCUCCACCCUGGCUACUACCUGAGUUUCAUGACCAUCCCGCUGUGCCUGGCCGCUGAGGGCUAUUUGGAGUCAGCCUUGCGGGGACAUCUGAGCCCCAGGGGCCAGCAAGCCUGGGACUGGGUGCACUGGUUCCUGAAGAUGCGUGCCUACGACUACAUGUGCAUGGGCUUUGUGCUCCUCACCAUGGGUGACACGCUCCGGUACUGGGCCUCCAUCUACUACUGGAUCCACUUUCUAGCCCUGGCCUGCCUGGGGCUGGGUCUAGCUUUGGGUGGAGGCAGUCCCAGCAAGAGGAAGACAGCAUCCCAGGCCACCACUGGCCAAGCCAGGGAAAAGCUCCGGGAAGAGUGAGCUGUAUUGCUCUGGCCUACCAGCCAGCUCAAUAUUUGCUUGGGAAUUCUGUGAACCCGGCUGUAUUCUCCUUUACCCAGCAAGAAUCCCUUGUUUGGUUAGAAGCCUGGAGAGGAUUCCUCCUUCCUAACUAGUCCCCUGCCUCUGACUUAAACAAAACUAGGGGUACCCUUCUGGUUGCUCACCGUAUCCUGACUUUUCCAAACCUCCCUCUGCUGACAUCAGGGUAUUACUGUCCACUCUUGUCCCUGUCUCUACAGCAGUCUUCAGGUAUUCAAAAUGCCACAUUUCCCAAAACGCAAGGGCACAGACCAGUGGUCAUAUGGCAUCUUGGACAAAGUCCCUGUGGGUCCCCAGUAUUGGGGUAGGAGCUUCAGGGCCAGGUUCUGUAAAAGGGGAGGAACAUCCUUCCUGUUUUCUUGGCUUUUAUCAUCAAUCCAGUAUUUCAGAGACCAUGAUCUUACACAUCCUGGAGGAGAAACCGAGGUGCAAGUAAGCAGCCCCGGGGGAACACGCUCUUACAGUAGCUUCUGUCUGAACCAUUUCUAGGCCCCCACACAACCUGCUACCCAGUGUCGUCCUUGGCCUGUGACAGGUCAGAAUGUAUAAAUCUUUCCCAAUAAAAUGUUACACAUGCA